CCCACCGUCCCACCCACCGGCCCCAAAGACUCCCUGCUCCUCGAGCUGCACAUCUUCAACGGCCACCCGUUCAAAGACCACUGGGCAUACUGGAUAUCUUCUCCAGUUGAUCCCCUGAUCGGGGAUAAGAUCCACGCAACUGGGGACGUGCGCAACGGGUUCAUCUUUGAGAUCAAGCGCCGCCACGAUCUCCGUACCAGUCCGGAUAUUCCGACGAAGCGGUUCCCAUUGCAGUGGGUGGAUGGGAGGUAUUUCGAUCAGAAGCUGAUGGAGGGACCGGAAAGGAUUGAGAACGUGCCGGGUUGUGCCUUUGAGAGGAUUUUGUAUGAGGCGAAGGUGCCGGGGAAGUCGUUGAAUAGUGUUGGUGAGGAGGGAGGGUUGGGAGAGUGUGGAGUUGGGGUUGGGAGGAGGGUGGUGCAAAGGGAUUGUCAGACUUGGGUUGUGGAGUCAAUGAGGAAUUUGGUUAGGGAGAGGGUUAUUGGGAGGGAGGUGGAGGAGUUUGUGUGCGCAAUUAGACAGUGA